GAACUGCGUGUCCUCGACCUCUUCUGCUGUCACGUGACCGACGACGGUAUCAACGAGUUGCUUUCGAAGCACCGGAAGAUCGAGGAGUUCAACAUCGGGGAAGCGAUUCGAAGAGAUGCCGAGAUUGAAGCAACCGAUUCCUCUGCGAAAAGCAGGCCUCGAACGUCUGGCAGCUCAUUUCGUAGAUCACUUCGACCAAUUAAGCACAAACUGGAAGUUACCUGAUAUACGCCUAAGCAUUGCUCAGAUCAAAGAACAUGUACACCCUUGCCUGACACCAAGACUGUACAAUGAGCUCUGCAUGAAAUUCCUGCAUAAAUUUCUGAGCAUCCAACAGGAUAAAUAUGAAACUCGCCCUGGAAGCCAUAACAGAGCUGCAAUCGAAGUAUUAAUGGAUGUAGAUAUUAUCGGACUGCAAUUGGGUGCCGAGAUAAUUAAAUAUCUCAAUCAUGAACACGCUCACAGGUUCCGGAAGUUGAGGAUACUGCAUGUGGACGAUCUUCGAUGGACGAAUCUUGGAACGAAGAGCCUGGGACGCUUUGACUUGCAAUAUCUUACAGAACUCCAUUAUGGCUGUUACUGUGCCGACCGUGACCUCGAGGUUGUUGGAAAGAGCUGUCCAAAGUUGAUAGUCCUGGAUAUCGAGGGAGCGAGAUACGUCACUGACAGAGGAUUGAAGGCCCUUCAUCCGUGCUCCGAGUUGCGCAUCCUUUCUAUUGUCAGGUGUAACGUCUCCGAUAAGGGGAUAAACGAACUGCUCUCUGCGAACAAGAAAAUUUCCGAGUUCAACUUCGGACUCACAUCGGAUCCCUUGUAUAAGCCGAGUUUCAACAUAUUAUCGAGGUCCAGAACGUCAGUCUGUCCAUCCAUGAAGCGAUUCUGCAUAACAGCAAACUUAAUUACAGAUGAGCAUCUGUGCGCUGUCGUAGAGCUCUUCCCCAAUUUGACUCAUCUUCGUAUCAACGGUAAACUCUCAGGCGAUCUAUCCGCGGUAAGACAGCUCGAUAAACUCGCAGAGUGCAAGUAUCACUUGCUGAUGGACAAUUUCAAUGGGCCCUUGAUGAGUAUUGGGGAAAACAUCACCAUGUUAAGCUUGAUGGGGCUCGAGCAAUACGAUUUGGACUUCAUCCACAAUGUCUGCGUAAAUAUUGAAUGUAAAGUCGAACAAUUAAUCCAUGUAUUAAAAAUAUACGAUUUUCACUUCCAACAUCUGCCUACGUCAUCACAGAAGCUGUCACAUUGGUCAACGGAUUUAUUUUUCAACAAUUCAAUACAACGUAAAGAUCCAAAAUACGAGUAUAUAGUAAACAAUAAUAUACCAGCUCGCAGCGACCAAGUAUCAAAAUCAAAGCAAAUCGAAGGAGAUCGUGAUAAAAACUUGAGCCUCUCUUUCGACCAUGAAUCUGCGAUUCAUUAUACCAAGUGA